UUGCCCGAGGAGACCACGGCGCCUGGAGGCCCCACCAUCUUUGCAAGGAGGCUCAGUGGCUCUGUGGGGGAAACAUGCUCUGGAGGCAGCUCGUCUUUUGGCACCUGCUGGCUUUGCUUUUCCUCCCUUUGUGCCUGUGUCAAGAUGAAUACAUGGAGGUGAGCGGAAGAGCUAAUAACGUGGUGGCCAGGAUAGUGCAAAGCCACCAGCAGACUGGCCGUAGCGGCUCCAGGAGGGAGAAAGUGAGAGAGCAGAGCCAUCCUAAAACGGGGACUGUGGAUAAUAACACUUCUACAGACCUAGAAUCCUUGAGACCAGAUGAGCUACCGUACCCCAAGGUAGAUGACCUAGCCCAGAUCACCCCAUUCUGGGGCCAGUCUUCACAAACAGGAGGACUGCCCCCUGACUGCAGCAAGUGCUGCCAUGGAGAUUAUGGCUUCCGAGGCUACCAAGGUCCCCCUGGGCCUCCUGGUCCUCCUGGAAUUCCAGGAAACCAUGGAAACAAUGGCAAUAACGGAGCCACUGGCCAUGAAGGGGCCAAGGGUGAUAAAGGAGACAAAGGUGACCUGGGGCCUCGAGGAGAACGGGGGCAGCACGGCCCCAAAGGAGAGAAGGGCUACCCGGGAAUCCCGCCAGAGCUGCAGAUUGCGUUCAUGGCUUCUCUGGCAACUCACUUCAGCAAUCAGAACAGUGGGAUUAUUUUCAGCAGUGUUGAGACCAACAUCGGAAACUUCUUUGACGUCAUGACCGGUAGAUUUGGGGCCCCAGUAUCAGGUGUGUAUUUCUUCACCUUCAGCAUGAUGAAGCAUGAAGACGUUGAAGAAGUCUAUGUGUACCUCAUGCACAAUGGCAAUACAGUCUUCAGCAUGUACAGCUAUGAAACGAAGGGGAAAUCAGAUACAUCCAGCAACCAAGCAGUGCUGAAGCUGGCUAAGGGGGAUGAGGUCUGGCUGCGAAUGGGCAAUGGCGCUCUCCAUGGGGACCACCAGCGCUUCUCCACCUUUGCAGGCUUCCUGCUCUUUGAAACGAAGUAAAUCAUAAAAACAAAACAAAACAGUUUCACUUUAGGGAAGACUUGUAGCUAAACUAGUAUUGUGAUGAUCUGAGGAAUAUUGAAGUUGAGGGUUCUCCAUGUUGUGUGUUCAAAAAAAUAUAUUGAUUAUAUUGCUAAUUGUGCUACAAGUACACCAGUAAUAACUCAGGGGCUCAGAAGAAUGAACCACAAAAUAGUCUUCCUAGAUAAUCUUGACUAAUAUACUCAGCAGUUUUGUUACUUUUCUUUAGGUGCCUAAGAAAGAAUCAUUCUCUAAUUCAGUUUGGAAAAAAUUGUUCCCAUCAGAGAAGUUACUUGCAGAGUUUUGGCUGUCCUAUUUUUAAUUUUAUACCAGCUUUCAGGAACAUCUGAUGUUUUGCGUUUGUCAUUUUUGUAAUAUUUCAGAGAAUAGGUUGUAGGGAUCUUGAUGGGGCUGGGGCAAGAAUAGGAAACUCAUCAAGUCAUCAGGAUCCAGAUACUAGCAACACUUUGAUCCAGUGGACCAGUAUUCAUGAGUAUGGUGUAGAUAUUGCUUAGUAAUUCCAGAUAGCUUUUAGAUAGCAAGAGUAUUUAGAAUGCCCAUGAAUUAUUGGCUC